AUGCCCUCGCCGUCUACGGGCGCGUGUUGCCGGGCCAUGUCGGAAGCCAAAGUCAGGUCGCCCGAAAAGUCGCCCGAAAAGUCGCGCCUUCAUGCGCCGCCGGGUUUCCGUUCCAAAGGAUUCGCCAUCACCGACCUGCUGGGUUUGGAGUCGGCGCCGGCGGGCGGGGGCGAGCCUCAAGGUGGCGCCGGUGGCGCGCUGGGUCAGGCCCUGGGGGGCGGCGGCUUCUCGUUCCCGGGCGCUUCGCUGCCGCUGGGUCUGGGCUUCCUGUGCAGUCUGGCCGCCCAGCAGCCCGCCGGAGGGACGCCCUGUUUCCUGCCGGGUCACCUGCCGCUCCUGCAGAGACCCGACGCCCACUUCCUGCAUGGCGCCGACCCCCACAGGGACGCAUUUUCCGAUGAGGAGGUUCUGUCCGACCACAACGAGUCCAAAAGUUGCUCGUCUUCUCAGAAGAGGAAGAAGCGGCGACACAGGACCGUUUUCACGUCCCAUCAGCUGGAGGAACUGGAGAAAGCUUUCCAUGAAGCGCACUAUCCCGACGUCUACGCGCGAGAGAUGCUAGCCGUCAAGACCGAGCUGCCCGAGGACCGCAUACAGGUUUGGUUCCAGAACCGUCGCGCCAAGUGGCGCAAGCGCGAAAAGUGCUGGGGCCGCAGCAGUGUGAUGGCGGAGUACGGCCUGUACGGGGCCAUGGUGCGCCACUCCAUCCCGCUGCCCGAGUCCAUCCUCAACUCCGCCAAGAACGGCAUGAUGGGAUCCUGCGCCCCCUGGCUGCUCGGUGAGCCGCAUGCACGAAUGCACAAAAAGUCUCUGGAAAUGUCCAAGAAGACGCCAGCGUGUCGGCCAGACCCUUUAGAGCCAAAGCGUUCUCCUGAGGCCUACUGCCACGCCCCCGACGCCGGGGAGGAGGAGCCCGAGGGGCGCCGAGGCGAAGACGAGGAGGGAGACGAGGAGGAAGAAGCCAUGGAUUUGUCCAGUUCAUCCAAACAGCAACAGGACGAUGAAACUUGUCUCCAACAAUCCCCC